GGAAGAAUGUACGGGAUGGUUUAUGACACCAUUCGAUCUUCUCAUGUUUAUUUCAGUAAUAUUGAGAAGUUGUCAUUUAUUUGGCAUCAAUGACAACAACGAAUGGCGGACAUCAUCAACAACGACAAGGUACUGAUAGUGGAUUAUUAAUAAGAAAAAUAAUGGAGGAUGAUAAGACACAUUUUGUCCAACCGGAACGUCCCACUUCUGAGGAACAAGGAAAUGAAGAGCUACAGUUUGGAAGGGAAGGUGGUAUAUAUGAUAUAGAUCAGGAAAUUGCUUCAUUCUGGCCUCGUGUUCGUGCAAAAAUUGAACAAAUCGAUCCAAAAUCAUUACGUGAAAUAAGCCGUCAUCAAGAAUUGCAGUUGCCCUUGGCAAGAAUAAAGAAAAUCAUGAAAUUGGAUGAUGAUAUGAUUGGCUCAGAAACGCCUAUUUUGCUUGCAAAAGCAUCAGAAAUCUUUGUUGAAGAAUUAACACUAAGUGCUUGGAAACACACAGAAGAUAAUAAACGGAAAACACUGCAAAAGUCGGAUAUUUCUCAAGCUGUAGCCAGGAAUGACAUGUUCGAUUUCUUAAUUGACAUCGUUCCACGAGAAGAUCCAAGGUGGCCAUCGCAGACGAACAGUCGUCAAGGGCAAUCUGAAGAAGUACAAGCAGUUGUUGCGGAUGCCAACAGCAUGGUACCUACGAAUGGAAAUGUUCAAUAUGUUUUACAGGUUGGAUCCUCAGAUGGAGCGCUGGCAACAGGCUCAGUUGUACAAGCUACUCAAAUUGGACAGCCAAUACAGCUGCCUAUAGGUACAGGUAACCAACCUAUCCAACUGAUUGCCCUGAAUUUACCGGAAGGCAACAUACAACAAUUCCAGGUCCAACUUCCUCCAUCGUCAUAA